AGGUAGCUCCACAGGAUGCAGAUUUUUGUAAAAACCCUGACUGGCAAGACCAUCACCCUUGAGGUCGAGCCGUCUGAUACUAUUGAAAAUGUCAAAGCCAAAAUCCAGGAUAAGGAGGGAAUUCCCCCAGACCAGCAACGUUUGAUCUUUGCCGGCAAACAAUUGGAAGAUGGCCGCACUUUGUCCGACUACAAUAUCCAAAAAGAAUCAACCCUCCACCUUGUAUUAAGAUUGAGAGGUGGUGCCAAAAAACGUAAGAAGAAGAAUUACUCCACACCCAAAAAAAUCAAACACAAGAAGAAGAAGGUCAAGCUUGCUGUAUUGAAAUAUUAUAAGGUUGAUGAAAAUGGAAAAAUCCAUAGAUUAAGACGUGAAUGCCCUGGUGAGCAAUGUGGAGCUGGUGUUUUCAUGGCUGCCAUGGAAGAUCGUCACUAUUGCGGAAAGUGUGGUUACACAUUAGUUUUCUCUAAACCAGAAGACAAGUAAAAUAAAUGACUAUAAAAUAAGUUGUUAUAAAAAAUCCUUUUUAUAGAAUAAAAUAUAUUAAGGGUA